AUGUUUCUAUUUACGUACAUCAUUGUUAUUCUCGGAAUUACUUUCGCUGAUGAUCCAUUACGACCACAAUACCAUUUAAUGCCACCACAAAAUUGGCUCAAUGAUCCAAACGGACCUGUAUACUACAAUGGAUACUUUCAUAUGUUCUACCAGUACUAUCCAAAUACGACUCCGGCCAAUCAAAAGCAAUGGGGCCACUGUUAUAGUAAGGAUAUGGUUCAUUGGAUCCAUUUGCCAGUUGCUCUUGUUCCUGAUCAACCUUACGAUAUCAAUGGCGUAUGGACUGGAAGUAUAACACUUGUCAAUGAGAUUCCAAUCAUUACAUAUACUGGAAUAACAAAUACUAAUAAACAAGUUCAAUGUCAAGCGCGACCAGCUAAUUUAUCCGAUCCAACUUUGACAAAUUGGACAAAGUCUCUAUUGAAUCCAGUUAUUACUAAUCCCGAUGGACGUGAUCCGUCGACAGCAUUUCAAGAUGAUCAGAAUAACCAUUAUUUAAUCUAUGGGUAUGGAACAGCUGACUUGGGCGGACAAGCUGUGCUAUUCACUUCAACAGAUUUUCUAAAUUGGACAUAUCUGCAUCCAAUACACAGCAAUCAUUACGAUACGUUUUGGGAAUGUCCAGAUAUAUUUAAUGUUUCUCAACAUGUUGUUUUAAAGGCAUCAUUGAACGGUCGUGAUUUCUGGACAAUUGGCAACGUUGAUCCAAACAAACUUAUUUUUACACCACUAAAUCAUGAUCUUGGCGAAUACAUUCAAUUGAUUGAUAAUGGAAAAUUUUAUGCUUCGAAGACAUUUUAUGAUCCUGCGAAUGAUCAACAGAUUGUCGUCGGUUGGGUAGCAGAAGAUGACAAUCAAGGUGAACAACGUGGUUGGCAAGGUUUACUAACACUUCCGAGAACAGUUUUCGUUUCUGAUGAUAGUUUAGAAUUACGUACACGUCCAAUUGAAGCAUUAAAAUCAUUACGUGAUCCAAAUAGUCAUCAACAAUAUCUAGAUGUUCGACUAGGAAUAGAGACUUCUUUUGAAUUGAUACCAAAUCUGAUUGGAAAUCAAAUUGAAGUACUUAUCAAUUGGCAAUUUCCAACGAAACAAAACUUAGAUUUCGGUUUUACUGUUCUUUCGACGUUGGAUGGUGCACAACGAACGAGUAUCGGUAUUUCGACAUUGACCAACGCAAGUCUUAUGCUCAAUUGGGAUUUACCUGGAUGGGAUUAUUUCAGCGUUCCACAUGUAAAUUUCUGGCUCGAUUGUCAAACUGCUUGUAAUCGAGAUAAUCGAUGCCAAGCAUGGACAUACGAUGCCAGUCGAAAAUUGAACGAUAAUUGCUUCCUUAAAUCUGGUAUACCAUUAAAAACUGGCAACUGGCUAUGCAUAUCAGGUGUGAAACAACAAGAAAAAGAUCAACAACCUGUUUGGAUUUAUAUAGACCGUGUUUUAUCUCAAAGAAACCCUGACGCUGCACAUUCUCCGUAUCAUGAUGUCAUUUGGAUGGAAUCAUCUGCAGAGAAUGCUCUAUCUUCGUUGGAACUCGAUAUAUUCGUCGAUCAUUCUGUGAUUGAAAUAUUCGAACCACGAAAUGGACGUGUUGCUAUAACGGGCCGUGUUUAUCCCGAGGAAGAAACAGCAAAAUACCUGAGUGUUUAUGCACGUCAUAUUCCAACUAAUAAUGAGAGUAUUGUCAAAGAAAAUCUCAGUUCAAUGGCAUCAAAUUACAACUCUCACGAUGAAUUCCUCGAUGACUUUCACAAAGAAUUUGGUAGAGAAGGCAAAAUUAAUGCGGAGCAAGCAUGGAACUUGCUGCAAAAAUAUCACCAAAGAAAAAAGGAAAAAAAUGACAGAAAAAGUGAAGAAAGUAGUGAAGGUGAUCGCCAUGAUCGUAGACGAAGGGACAAGAAGAAAGAUCGCCGCAGUAACGACAAAAAAAGUGAAGAAAGUGGUGAAGAUGGACGCCAUGAUCGUAGACGAAAGGACAAAAAGAAAGAUCAUCACAGUGACGACGAAAAAAAAGACAAGAAGAGCCACAGUCCCGAGCGUAAACAUAGUCGUGGCCGUGGACAUAGCCACGAGCGUAAGCAUAGUCAUGGGCAUAGCCACGAACGUAAGCAUAGCCGUGGCCGUGGGCAUAGUCACGAGCGUAAGCACAGUCAUGAUCGCAAACAUAGUCCUGAUCAUGGCCAUAGAAAACACAGACAUGGUAAAAAGCAUCACAGACAUUCAUCUGGAUCAAAUUCAUCUAGAUCAAAUUCAUCGGGUUCUUAA